CUUCGAGGCCCAUCCCACCAGCGACUCGCUGCGCGAGGCUCUCAUUGUUCGGAAGCCAUGGGCCAACCCCGAGUCCAACGCGCCACUGCCACGGCCCUGGCCUGCCCGGGGCCCGUGACGAGCCAGGAUAUUUAUGUCGACUCCAAUUCAGUUCCCUCCUCGAUCCCCUCUUCCUCUCCGGCCUUUCGAGGGAAGCUUCAAGAGCUGUCCGUUGAUCAGGUCCACAACAAGAGUCUUGCCCGGAGCUCCCCUUUGUACGCUCAAGCCCCCGACUCAUUCCUCACCAGAGACCUAGAGGGCGGACCCGUCAAGUCAAGAUCCUCCCUGUCCCGCGGCUUUCGACGCCGCCCCCAAGUCGACUCGGACACCUUUGAGCCUUUGGAUGUGGUUUUGGAAGAAUCGACCCUUUUGUCCAUUCCAAGGUCUGCUGCGACCGUGGGCUCGCCCUCCUCGCUCAGCCAGCAGUCACGCAGAGGUCAGUCCCUUUACCAAUUCCAUAAUCACCUUCUCCAGUCUCAUAUCGAGUCACCUCACCAACGGUACCAGGAACACUUGGCAGGUCAGUUCGACUGGCUACUAGCCUGCCCGGCACCAGUUAGCUACGCCAGCGACCACGGCUCCUCCGACGAUGGCGAGAACGAGACCAAGGUCUAUGGCUGCAACUUGCUGUCGCGCGAAACCCUUCCUACUUCCUCCGCCAUUCCUUCGACUGACACAUUCUCGCUUCUAGCGACUCCCUUGACCCUCACUGAAUGCUCAUCCCUGGGCUUUGAUUACUCCCAGCUACUGGACCAUCAGCUCAACAUGUCGUUGGUUCCUCCACCACUCUAUGAGUCUCACCACAACCCACCACUAAAAGUACCUGAAGUGGUGGAGGUGACGGAGCAGGCCGUCUCGCCGUCGCUCACCUUGAUAAGUGAGAGGAGCAGUAGUUAUAGCAACUCUUCGAGGAACGGUUCCUUCUCGAUACCUCGCAUCGAAGACUCUCUAGAGGAGCUCGACAAGCUCGAGGACGAGCUUGAGGCUAUCGAUGCUGUGACUCAGCCGAGACGGAUUGCCUCGCCGGCCAAUGGCAAAUCUAGCAGCAAGCAUCUUGAGCCACCGCCCACAAGUAAGAAGGCAACCAUCUCAAAGAGGGUCUCGAUAGCCGGCAUGUCUGCUACAGUUCGUGUCAAGCCAUCCGCAAAGUCGGCACCAACGCUUCGUCGAUCGACCUCACUCGUGUUUCGCGAUAAGAAGCAGGAUGAGGCACCAGAGGUUGCACCCAAACUCAGAUCGCAACCUUCGCGAGGUCGACUUUCCAUGUCUCAGUCCGCCCCGCUCCAUGCACCUAUCAAGUCGACCAAGCCCCCAACUGUUCCCAACUUUGAACUUCCUGGCGAGGCUGUUGCUCGACGGCUCAAGGAACAGCGUGAAGCUCGUCGUGCCCAGGCUGAUUCUCAGAAAGCUUAUGUGCCUCCUCCGAGACCCAAGUCUAGUAAGCCACCCACCAAGGCCAACUUUGAGCUUCCAGGAGAAGCCUUUUCCCGCCGGAAGCGAGAGGAACGUGAAGCCCGUCUCAAGGCGCAGGAGGAAGAGGAGCAAAAGAAGCGCGAGUUCAAGGCAAGACCCGUGCGCACUAGUAUCACGCCGGCUAGCAUUCCGCGGGAGACAAUUGCUAGCCUGGCCCGCCAGGGCAAGCUUUCUCAAGAAGAUGGAGCAAAGCAUGAGAACAAAACGAAGCGAUUGUCCGUUGCAGGCUCACGAGCGGUCCCUCAUCCGGAGGCCAAGUCCUCUCAUGGCCGCGGCCGGCUCUCUACCGCAACAUCACGCGAGGACCUUAGUAGGGGCACGUCGACAUCCGGAGGAAGUGCCAGCGGAAAACGGACGACGCUCACUGCCGAGGAAGCACAUCAGCUCAAGCUCCGUGGUAAGGAGAUCUUCCAGCGAGACAACACCAGCUUUCAACGCGACAGAGAGCGAGAGAGACGAGAGCGUGAGGCUGCUACUCGGUUGGCGCGUGAGCAAGCGGCAGAACGCUCUAGAAUCGCGAGUCGAGAGUGGGCAGAGAAGAAGAAGCGCAAGGAGCAGCAGGUUUUGAGAGAUGUCUUGAGGGAUGGGUCGCAAGACCAUUAG